GCACAUAGAAUACUUGCUUAACUCAGAGUAGAGUAGAGCACGCAGUUUAUUUACAAUGUUUUUUUACGAAACGUAGCCAUAAUGGGGAUCAACCGGCAUUAUGACAUAAGAGUUCGAUUGACCAACAUAAAGACCGGCGGGAAAGGUGUUACGCUGUCACGUAUUCCAGUACAAUCCGAGCCGUACUACGAGCUAGUUUGGCACACUGCAUCGGCUUUCACGCGCGAAAAUAGAAAAGGGUUACAACGGGAGCGGACCUCUUUUGUGGGAGCGUAAAAAUUCAAAUUUCGAACGAUACUUGUUAAAAUUCACAUAAUAGUGCGUUUUGUUGAUGCGUCACAUGCACUUCAACAAUAGACAUUCGAAGUGUUGUGAAACUGUUGACUACAAAUUAGCAGUUAACAUCUUCGGUUGAGUUAGUUGUCGUUUUCUUCUUGAUUUAAUACUUGUCUGCAAUGGAGUGGAAUAAAAUAAUAUACACCGCUGGCCUACUAGUGAUAUUGUUAAGUUGUUGCGGUGAUGUAAAUAGUCAAGACGCGGCGUUUGAACUGCCGGUGCAGUUAGUGGGUUUUCCAGUCAUCAUUUUGAGUGUGCGACUCACCAACUUUUUGAAGAAACUCUCAUAUUCUCUUAGUCCAGCCACAUACCGCUCUCGCAACCGCCGGCAGCUGGCCGCUGACACCGACCCGUUCGACGCGGCGGAGGUGGAGAAGUACAUCGUGGGCGAAUUCGGCGCGCGCGCGUGCGUGUUCGAGCGCGUGUGCGCGCAUUACGCGGCGCGCGCGCAGCGGGACCCCAAGCCGCAGAUGGACUGGCCGGACGUCUUCAGUCACUAUAAGCGUUCAUCAGACCAGGCGAAGGACUUCUACCUGCUGAGCGUGUUCCUCGGCGACAUCGUGGGGUCCCCGCAGCUCUGCCACCAGCUGGGCAAGCGGAGGAGCUGUGAUGAAGGACUCUUGGAAGGUUCCUAGAUGUAUCCGUAACCUCUCA